AAAGCUUUCAAAAACCCACUCACUAUUCAAUUUUUAAAUACAAUUCAAUCAAUGAAUCUAGAUGAGUUUGAAGAAGAAUUGGAUAAAGAGAUUCAACAAGUAAUUUUACAAACAAAAAAUAUACAGGGAAAAAUGGAUUUAUUAGAAAGAGCAAGAUGCUCAGCACCAGAUCCAUUGUUAAUGUUAUUUGGUGAGAAUUGUAAAACUGUUAUCGACAAGAAAUAUAACCAUCAUCAUCACCAACCAUCCCAACCAUCACCUAUUAUUUCAAAUUUAAGUGGAAGUGCAAACCACAAUAACUCGCCUGUACUAUUAUCAUCCUCAAAUACUUUGCAACAACAAAAUAUAUUAUCGCCAAACCUUAACCAAAAUAUAAACUACCCAACAUUCCAAGAUACCAGACCUCAUAAUGGUGUAACAACUCGUACUUCAAGAAAGAAACCUACAAACAUGAACUCAAGAUGUCCAGAUAAAUCAAAAAGUAAAAAUUUAAAUCCCUCUUUAAUGCCACGUGCUUCUGCAUUCAGCCCCAUUAAUAGUUAAAUCAAUAAUAAUAGUUUUUUCCUAUUACUUUUGUUUUUUUUUAGCCAACCUUAUAUUAUACAAAUCAUUCAAUAUUUUAUAAUAGUUAUUCAUUCAUGUAUUUAUCUUUUCAUAUAUUUAUCAUAUCUUAUCAUUUGUUUGAUUAAGAUAAAAUUUUUUUUUUUCCUAAAGGUAAAAAAAAAAAUAUUGUAAAUAAAAUUUUCUAUACAAAUU